AUGAUGAGACGGCUGGUUGACGUUGCAGCGGGGCUCCUGUCGGGCUUCGACAAAGACAAGGCCUUCGAGGCCAUCUACAAGGAUGCUACGACUGAGCCCAGCGACGCAGACAAGAGCGGUCAGUUUGGUCGGAUCGCUCUCCAGGAGUACCUCUCGAAGGGUUAUGCGCCGAGCAACCACCCCGACGUGAAGCGCUUCGCAGGGGAGCAGAGCGCGAGCCUGACCCUGAACUACAACCUCGCCGACGCUUGCGCGUCUCUGGCAGCUGAGGCCCUCGGCAAGGCGGAUGUCGCCAACCAGCUGCGGGGGCGGAGUCGGAGUUUCAGGAGUAUCUUUGACAACGAGACGAAGUACUUCCGGGCAAAGCGGACGAACGGUGACUGGGAUCGCCAAUUGGAUCCAAUCGCCUGGGGAGACGGCUUUACCGAGGCAGCGGCUGCUCAGUACCGCUUCGAUGCACCCCAGGACGUCCCGGGCCUCGUCGAGCUCAUGGGCGGCAAGACGGAGUUUUGCAAGAAGGUGACGGAGAUGUUCGAGAGCAGCCCGGACUUCAAGGUGGGAACCUACGGUACUGUUAUCCACGAGAUGGAAGAGGCGAGAUCCUUGGGAUCCCAAUUUGGUUUGGGACGCUAUGCCCACAACAACCAGCCGGUCCACCACGUUCUCUAUGUCGCUGUCAUGGGAGGGUGCACCUCUUUCGCGCAGAAGAUGCUCCGAAGGGUCAUGGCCGACCUCUACACAGAGAGCGGCUGGUCUGGCGACGAGGACACCGGGGAAAUGUCGUCCUGGUAUGUGCUCUCAGCACUGGGCCUCUAUAGCCUCGUCCCUGGGAGCGAUGAUCUGGUCCUGGGCAGCCCCGAGGUUCUCAGUGCGAAACUGAGCAUUCCUGGGCGCCCAGUGCUCGCAAUACAGGCGCCAGGAAACACGGCCGAGACCGUCUACGUGACCGGCGCGACGCUGAACCGGCAACCGCUGGGAGACGUUGUGAAGUACUCCAGCCUGGCAAAGGCAGGUGGUGAGUUGACCUUUCAGAUGUCCAGCUCCACCGGCUAG